AUGGUGUGCAGUGAGUGCGCGGUGGCGCUGACUAGGAUCAAUGUUCCGUUCGCCAUCUACAUAUACAUAUACAUAUACAUAUAUAUAUAUAUAUGUAUAUGUAUAUAGAGCACGUACGUACGUACACGUAUGUAACGACAACGCCGACUAUGCGACAAACAAUACACACAUACACGCACACACCGUUGCACACACAGGUCAUUUCCAUGGAAUAUAUUUGCAAAUAUUCCGAUCAAACGUGGGAUGGAAUAUGUAUUUGAAAAACAAGCGUACGAUCAAUUCGGCCUGUAUCUCGUUCGCAUUUGUUUGA